GGGGGUUUAGGGUUUGCUUCGGCGCUGAUUCAAGCGAAGUGUUUCACUGGCAGCGAGUGGUCAUUGCAUAUUUCGAUUGUGAGAAGUGAAGUGGAGAGAAGUGAAGUGAAGGCAAGAACGGAGACAACAUGGUGUUGUCAUCGACAGAGGGAGAGGAAAUGGUGGCGCCAUCGCCACAGCCGGCUCAUCAACAACCUCAGGAUGAUAUUCUCGCUGUCUUUGCUAGUCUCAUGGCAGCGGCUGGAAUUCAACCCCAGGAUCGCAUUGCGAUCGCUGUGUCCGGGGGUCCUGACAGCAUGGCGCUGUGUUUGGUGGCAAAGGAAUGGUGGAAGGGGUUUCGUGAAUCCGGUGUUUUUGCGGAGAGGCCGACAGGCAUUGUAGUCGACCAUGGGCUGCGUCCAGAGAGUGCUGCCGAGGCUUUGCAAGUGCAGCGUUGGGUGUUAGACCUUGGCUUCGAAUGUCAUGUGCUCAAAUGUGACUGGUUAAAUGGACGUCCUGAUUCUGGUCAUCUUCAAGAGGCAGCUCGUAACGCAAGGUAUUCCCUCAUGGAGCAGACGUGCUGGAAACAUGGUAUCGGCACUUUACUUACUGGCCACCAUGCAGAUGAUCAGGCAGAACUUUUUAUGAUGAGGCUGGCACGCAGUAGCGGGAUUAUAGGGUUGGCGGGGAUGGCCUCUAGGUCUUAUUUUUUUUCUCGGCGGCCAGUGUCACAGGAUCAAACCGGGUUGCUAUUAGUGAGACCUUUGUUACAAUUUUCUAAGCAAGACUUGUACACAGUCUGUAAGAAAGCAGGGCAGGAGUGGAUAGAAGAUCCUACCAAUUUCAACCACAAAUUCGCACGUAAUCGCAUACGCCAGGUUCUUGCAGAUCCUCUCUAUGAUGAUGCUAGGCGGCAAAUACAUCCUUUGAUUGCUGCAUGUAGGCAGACACGGGCAAUGCUUGACAGAGAGAGAGAUGGCUUGUUGGCAAAGAUCGUAACGAUUUCUAAGGAUUUUGGUUACAUUUCAAUUGAUGUUGAUCUUCUUGCAUCUAGUAAUAUAAGCGAUGCAGUCCUUGGGAGAGUCGUGGUGGCCGUCUUGCAGUUCGUAGCACAGAGAGAGAAGCCACCUCGUGGGAAAGCUCUGAAGAUUUUUAUGGACAAACUUCGCCAGCCUUCAUUCAAUGAAGCCUUCACGUUAGCUGGUUGCCAUGUGUCGCCUGUUCCAGGUUCUAAGGGUUCCAAGGUCAUGGUGUGCUUGUCUCCCGAGUCUCCAACACCUUCACUGGGAUCGGAUUUAAGUCCGUGGGAACCAAAUUCAGUCCUUGCACGCUCAAAUCUGAACCCUAGAGGUGUUCAAUUGUUAAAUUCUGAAAAAGUAUGCUACGAUGAGGGCAUUCCACCCAUCCUUGAUGCCAGCAAAGGGGGAUCAAGCGUGUUGGAGCAAGGGCGAAAGCUAGGAUUAGUCUCGGAGGAGGUCGCAACAUUAUUGAAUUCCUUACGAACCGAAAUAGCUGAAACCAUGAGCAGAACCAUUGAAGUCUGUAAAAAAGGUGACAAAAGACUUGAGCUGUCGCCAUACGGAUUAGACAUUCGAAAACAAAUGCUUCCGUUUGGACAUACCUGCUAUUUCAUGAAUAGGUUCUUAGUUUCAUGGGAACCAAAAGUAAUACCUGUUAAGUCUAGUGAAAGGCAAUGCAUGCCUUUAAGCGGUGAUGAAAUAAAUCGAUGCUGUCUAUUGAGGGACAAACCAGCUGCAUGGAUCCGACAUUAUGAGGAUACAGAUUUCGAUCAUCUUACACAGUCAGUGAAGACCUCUUUCAAAACAAGAAAGGAGGACAAGGUUUCCAGUUGGUGUGUCUAUCGAUUUGAGAGUGAUCUAUAUGGGACUAAUGAAGAGAGAAGCCGGAAAAUGGAACUGGAGUUGUCUAAAGUCUCUUUGAAAAGAGAUACAAGUAAAAAGCCUCGUCCCCGCAGCUCUAAGAAUCCGAAUGAUGAACUGACUUAUUGUGGCGGUCAUGUUCCAUCUAAAGCUCAACGAGUUUUGGCUAUCCUUCGAUGUAUCCCGAAGCCUGUGAGACGAGGCCUGCCCGUACUUGUGAAUGCUGAAGGCUUACUGCUAGCCAUUCCGACUCUUGGUUUUCAUCGCUGCCCUUGGGUGUCGGCCUCAGCUGUCUUCCGCCCUAGAAUUCCUCUUGGUGGUGGUCGUGCCUCUUGGACAUGAGACUGCUGAGGCUGCUUAGUUCCAGUUAAUGUUGAUUCUUGGAUGACGAACACUGAUUGUGUGUCAUUUCCGGUUCAUUGAAUGCUUUCUCAGGCAGGAGCGAGCCUACUGUUAAAUCAAUUAUUAGAAAUCAGUAAACUUCUCGUAGGAGGGACUCACGUAAUUGCGGAAGUGGUAAGCUUGACGAGGUUUCUUGUCAACCUUUUUCUGCUAGUCAAGUAUGUGCUGAAAGUCUUUUUUUUCCUCGACAACCUGAACCGGAUUGAGUACAUGAUGGAACCUUAAGUUCCAUAGUAACCAUUAACAGGUCUAUGUCCUGUGGGUAAGCUCCACCUCCAACUUCAGUUGCUCUGUCUUUCAAUUCCCUUUUGACAUCACACAAAGCAGAACGCGUUCAUUCUUAUUUUUUGUUUUGUUUUGUUUUGUUUUUUUUUGUGUUUGUAAGAAGCGCUUUGCUAACAUGUAGAUUAUUUCUCCUCGUUUCUCCAGGCACAUCUACUUCCAAAGUUCAUUCUUCUUUCAGAGGACUCGCCAAUAGAGAAUUUACUCUAUCUCCUAGAUCAUGGACAUGUGGACAGUCUGUGACCCGCUGUUUCCAAUGGUUCACAUCCUGGGUCCCCUGAUUGAGUGAUUGUACUUAAAUGUCUUUAAGUAUAUCACACACAUUAGAAUAGGAAUCACAUUUGUAAUCUCUAAAUAUCUAAAUUUAAUUUCAAUUUUUAUCAGAA